GUUACCCAUGCCUAGUUUGUAUACGGAAUUGAAAUUUUUGAUGGUUAUUUCCUAAACUUUCCAAUCUCGUUUAGAACUAAAGUUUAUUCUAAGAUGGAAUAAAGCCGUAUAAAGCAGAAAGUAUUUUGAGUUGUGUAUAGGCACGCAAAGCUAAAAAAAUAUCACAAGAGCAUGAAUGAUCCUCAGCAACCGGUUCGAAACAGGAGUGAGACGGCUGUUGAAAACUCGGCUUCAGGCAGUGAGAUUCACCGUAUAGAAGCGAGUCUUCGCCAAGUUAAAACACAAUCUGCUAAAAUCUCCUACACAAGUAGUCUGAAAACUUCCCGAAAAGAACACACAAAAAAAGAUGCUUCCCAACGUCAACAAUUGGAGGGCAAUUCUACAGAUCCUGAAUUUAAACAAAAUAAUGUAACUGAUCGCACUCGCGGUGUGUUUGGAAAGAAAAAAGAACGUGAAAAGGAAUUCACUGAUCUUAAAUUGUAUUUAAAAGAAAUUGCAAAUAAUAAAAUUGUUGAUAGUUGCAACGAAAAAGAUGCAGAUUCUAAAACACUUUCUACAAAAAGUGCAAAGGUAAGGCGUCCCACAUUUCGUAGAUGUAAAACGGAAAUUCUAGGGACCAAACCUGGAUCACAAACAGAACGCCAUUUAAAAACGGGAAUAUGUGUUAAACCAAGAUCAAAAUCAAGCCAACCAUCAGAAACAAAAUCGCAUGAAUUAUUGACCCCCGGCAGGACGAAACGCAAGUCCUAUAACGUCGAGGCUGCCCGUAAGUUUAUAGAUGAUCGGAGGCUUAGAAGACGCUCACAAGCUGCUUCUUCAAUAAAGUUUAACAAUGAAAAAAACGCAUUUGAAAAAGAGCAAAUUAAAAAACGACUCGAAGAUUUGCAUAAGAACUCAAGAGCAAUCAUUGCUAAAAAUGUUAAAAGAAAGAAACUACCUCUUGGUAACAAAAAUAUAAUCAAAAGUAACCAAAAAUCUGCUACAGAUCCUUGCAGAUCAAAUGAAAAUAAAUGCGAUCGAAUUUUAAUUCACGCAAAUGUUAAAAUGGCAAACGAAUAUAAAGAAACUUCAAAAAACUUUGCUUGUGAUGAUGAUCCAUCAACAAAAGAUAAAACAGUAAACCUUGGAUUCCCACUCAUUUGCUUGAAUAUUCAUUCGCUUUCCGUUUCCGUUCUGCCUUGUAUUUGCCCCGCUGUACUCAUUUUGACUACUAUCACCAUUACAAUUCAUCAGCUGCGCAUAUCUGCCGACGCUCGCCUCAUCGCCACCAUACACUUCGGCGCUGCGUAUGUCGUUAUCAACUAA